AAACUGUUUGCAUGUUUUGCCACACUUUUGAUCAACAAUUCAGUGAUCACUCAAUAAUUACAAUUAUAAUUGAUUUCAACAACAUUUCUGUCGCACAAUGAAUGUGAGCUUAAGUGGUGAACAGUCGACGUCCACGAUGUCAACAGAGAUCUAUAUCUUGAAGCGAAUUGAGAGCCAUUGUCUGGAAAUGGAUUCACUGAACACUGAAUGCAAGACCAAAGCACCGAAACAAAUGUCUCAACGAUUACCACGUUUUAUGAGACGAAGGGCUUCCAGUCAUAACCCGAAGAGAGUUCCCAAAAGUGUGCGACAAUUGAUGCAAAACAGAGGCAAUCAAAGCGACAAACCAUUGGUUGGCGACAGGAGUAGGAAGAAGAAGAAGAAACACAUAAACCAAAGGAAACACGAGUUAAGUGUUAGGCGAAGGAAUGAGAGGACGGAUAGGACUGUCCUUCACGUCUGGUUUGCCAAACGGUUCCAAAUGAAGAUGUAUUUCAAUCGCAUCACUCCCAUGAAGAACUGCACCAAAAAUGAGCGCAUUUUGUAUCACAACUCAAAGCAGGACUUUACAUCGGCUAUACCUUUGGAGCAAAACUUCAUGAGACAGGAAAGAGAGAGGGAUUAG